AUGCAUCACAAAAGAGAGAAAGACCAAAACUCCGUAAAAAAGAAAAAUUUGGAAAAAAUUCAAAUGCCCCGAAUUUUUCCACAAAUAACAAGUAAUCGUUUAUUAAUAAAAAAACAAUUUGAGACGAUCAACAAACAUCAGGAUAGACAGAUCAUUUUUGAUUCGAAUAAAGAAGUUCUUGAGAUGGCUUCCCUGUACGAUUGUUUAUAUAGUAGAAGAGACGUCUAUAUUUUAUAUUUAACAGAAGAAGGGGAUAUAUUCGGUUCUUAUCAUUCAAAAUUUAUAGCACGAUCAAUAAUUGAAAAACAAGAAAAGUACAUUCACAGUGAUCCAGAGAUGUACUUGUUUUCUCUUCAAAAAGAAAAUGGAACAGUACGAGAAACGCUCAAAGACCAGAUUCUGACGCACCCCAAAGAGCGAGAACGCGAGUUUUACGACCACUUGCUUCAACUUAGUCGGACGUUUACAAGCGAGUGUUUAGAUAAUUUCCAUCACUUUUGCGAACGAUAUUUAAAGGGAGUUACUCAUUUAUUGGUCCCAUCGUAUUGCAUCGACUUUUUGUUAUCAAACAUGGCGAAAAACUGCUCAACUAUUUUAUCGAUUUUUCAAUUGUUUGCCACACAGCGCGACUCACGAAAGAGAAUGUUAUACCUUCGCCUCCCAUCAAUACUGAUGCAAACGAAGUCGAACAAAUCAAUGAAUUUACUGAGUCUUCUGUUGUCACCAACGUCGUCGUUUAACAUCUACAAACCGUCAUCAAAUGCACCUGUUUGCGACCCAUUGUUUACAAAGGAAUUAAUGACACUCUGCCCGACGUACAUCUACCCACAAUCAAUGUCAUCGGAUAAAUUACUGGAAGCUACGUAUCACUCGUGGAGGUACAUCUCACUCACUGGAAAUUCUUCACUGAUUCCACCUGUCGAUUCGAUACCAACCGAUACCGUCGUUGUCAACGAACAGGCACUGAUCAAACAGUUGUACGAAAUUACUAAAGAACGAGCAAUACAGCCCAUCACUAAUGUCAUCCACGUGCUUUAUUCGUUUGACGGGGUGGUGUUGAUGAGAGACAAGUUGCUUGUGCAAACGAUCAGAAUGGUGUUAACUGUGUAUGAAAAAGACGAGGAAGUUGUUGCAGCUUGUGUGGAAGCAUUACGACUGUCAUCCAUCGACUAUCAUUGUGUCGUCACAAUGCUCUUCGAAGGGUUUUUGGACUUUUUUAAGAAGUUUUUAGUUGAUUAUAAGAGUAACGAAGGUAUUAUAAAGGACGUUGUGCGAGUUAUAGUUGCGAUGUGUGGGACAAAUGGAUUAGUUUCUGAAGUGUCGAAGUCUGGAAUACUUGAAGUGUUGUUCUCUGAGAGUCGUCCUGGCGUCGAGAGGGACAUGUUAAUCAUUGGAUUCCAAUGUAUUCAAGGUGGUGUGAUGACUGGCGACGUGAUUGAUGAGACGAUUGCGUUUGACAACACCAUCGCGGAUGUCAUAUUACCGGUCUAUGCAUUGAUUGUGAAAGGAGGGAAAUAUAACAAGAUUGAGGAACUCAAAACCCUAGUGAAAGGAAUUGUUGAAGGGAGUAAAGAGAAGGUUGGUGAUCAGCUAGAAGCUGCAUUAUAUUUCAUGUACACGACUGCUAUAAACCCAGACUUUAUUAAGACUGAGGAGAUCAAGAAAUGUGAGAAUUCAGUUGAUUACAACAUUAAGAAGUAUGCCAUUGAAAUAUUGAAUAACAAUCAAAAUACAGUGAGUGUGGGUAAUGUAUUACAAAUUCCAAUAGAAAUUGAAGACUCGAAUGUUUUACUCUGUUUAAGUGUGUUCUCGUACAUUUCAAAUGUGUUGAUAACAGGAGUCGAGCCAAAUAAAUUGAGUCAAACCUUUUUGAAUAUAUUAGACACCUUCCCAAUUGCUAUCUUUAAAAACACGGAAAUUGAGAUAUCAAAGAAGUACAUUGCGGCGACAUAUUUAAUCACAUUCAUCAUUGGGGUCUUAGGGAAAUAUGCUCAACCAGAGGACUCCGAAUUGAUAGAAGACUGCUAUUCAAAGCUGUUAGCUGUGGUUGAGUCCAAUCAAAUAUUUGUGGAGCUGUGGUAUGAGCAACAUGGCAAUGAUCUUUUAGACGCGGUUGUACCCAAGUACUCCAGUCUUAAAUUGAUGAACGAAGUGUUUAAAACGAAGGAAGUCCGACUUUCGUAUGUUCAACCGAAAAAUGACAAACCGCCAAUUUCACAACGAUUAGAAGAGUUCAUGAAAAGCAGUGGAAGCAACGACGAGAUGAAGUGGGUAUUGAAUUGUCUUGAAAAGAUCAUGUUAGACAUCACACAUAGUCAGUUGAACCAUAUUGCGAUAGCCGUGAUGCAGAAAACAGAGACGAUAGUUGGUGAGGAGAAAGACCCUCAAUUUGUCAUCUCCGUUCUGAAAUUUUUGAAGAAAGCUGUUGACGAGAGCUCGUUGGUAUGUACUCCAAAUUUUGUGAGGAGAAUCAUUGAACGACUAAAUGUCGAGGAAGACGACGUAGUGAAGAGAUUUAUAUACGAUUUGUGUGGAUCGAUAGCAAACACUUGUCCCAAGAGUUUGGGCGAUAUUUCACUGAAGACCAAAUUGCGACUGACGAUGAGUAAAAGCACUGUACUGAGCGAUCAAGAGUUGUACAUGUCGAUGACGCGAUGUUUGGCGGCGUUGAGUAAAAUCGAGAAGACGAGUUACAACCCUCGACUGAUGAAAAACACACGAGAAGAGUUAAUGAGAGAGAAGGAUGACCAACAGGUGUAUGGGUUUGACAAUGUUGAUAAACCGACGAUAUUAAUAGUCCCCGUUGGAGAGAUGAGUGAUUAUUUCUUCUUAGAAGUAGUCUCGACGAUUUGGUUUAAUGAGAGGGCGUAUCGUGAAAUGGAGAACUCUGAAACGUUUUCAUUUCUGUAUGAAAAGACAACUUGGGAAUUAUUUAAGAAAGAGGCAAGUAACAUUCUCUUCCCACAAAUUAUAUUUGGUGUAUUAGACUGCAGUGGAUUGAAUGAUAAAAAGAUCAUUCAAUAUGUGAUGGACUUCAAAGAGUCUUCAGAAAAGCGAUACGAAGAGUCCUGUGGCAAUUUGGUGUUACUCUUCAACUUAUCAAUGGCUUCAGACAUUUAUAUGGGGAAGAUCCCACCUUUGGUUAAAGAUAUUGUCUUCACUGUCGACUCCCUUGCAAUUGGGUCAACGAACUCCAUUCACGCAUUCGCACGAGAACAUGUUGGGACGUUCUGUGAUAAGUCGUCUCAUUUAAUCCAACGGUACAACCCAAUUUUCAAGAAUAAAGUGCCACCGAUCUCUUACUUGAGAUGCGCAAUGGCAAAUUUGUAUCGAAAGAAUUAUGACAACGCUUAUAACAUGUUCUCUGAUGGUAUUAAGGCAUAUAAAAAUGCUCAAAAUUUCAAUGGCAAGUUAUAUAACAGAAGUGUCAUUGGAUUGUGUGUGUCUAUAUUACUGGAUCCAUCAAAGAGAAACUUGGCGUCAUACACUAAGGAGUGGGAAGAGACCAUCAAAGACUCUGUGAAGUUCAUAGAUGGCCAGAAUAUAGGACAUUACUACUGCAAAGAACUCUUGUUUUUCCAAACACAAUUCUACAUCAAAGCGAAAAACAAAGAGCGAAUGACGCAACUGAUUGAGGAAAUCGACUCAAAACACCACGAAAAGAUCUCGUGCCCAGAAGACGUCUUUUCCGCCUUGGUGUUCGACCAUUUGUUAAAGCAGAUGCAUAUGAACCACCACAGACAACACGUGUUGUAUGCAAUUUCUGCGUAUAAGACAACAACAAAGUCUUUUGAGAUGUAUUGCAUAGAAGAACUGUCCGAGUUACUUGGUGUCAAAGAUUUGGAGUUACUGGACCAAGAAUUUAUCGAUCAGAACACACGCCCACAUGCAGUGAUGCAACGGAAAGUGCAAUGGUCGACGUUGCGAGCUUAUGUCAUGAUGAAGAAGGUGAUGAUGCGGGAUGUCUACGACGAGAACAUGGCCGUCAUCUUAUUACGACUGUUAGUCUACUUCCACGAACAUGUGAGUGAUCGAGACCAAAUUGAAAGUUUGAAUCGUCUUCAUUUAAUUUCACAGUCCUUAGGGAAACCCGUCUUUAUUGGGCCAAAUAUGCCAUCACUUCCUAUUGUAGAAAGUGUUACUAUCACGCCGAUACAAGAGAAUGAACAAAUAGUGGGGAGAGUGAAGGGUAAGAGUGUCUUCAUCUUCGACCCAUCACUUCCACGCAAUGUGUUUACUGCUUGGAGUGCCAAUGAAACUGCGUAUGUAACUAUUAAGAUGCGAAAUCCGUUAUAUCCGAUGUUACAAGUCGACAAUAUUAUGCCGUGGUGCGAAGGUGUAGAUAUAGAGACGCACUUCAAAUGUGUCGAUAUCGCACAGAGCAAUACCACUGUCUUUAACUACGCUAUUCGUCCGAAGCAUGCGGGGGUUCUGAAGAUCUAUGGACUCGACUUUGACUGCUGUUCAAUGCAUUUCAGAACAGUCCCUGCCAAUUUUAGAGGAAAGAAAGACUUGACGCCAUGUUGUGUGAUUCCCGUGGUGAAUAGUGUCCCACGACUCCAACCAGCUCCAGGAACAUUCUUGUCUAAAGCUAUUGCCCUUUUUCCUGGUCAGACGAAUGAGAGUAAAUUGGAGUUUGUCAACGACGGCGAGCUAGCUGUCGAUUGGGUUGAGUUCCGUAUUAAAGAUGACGACUCGACUAAAUUGACUGAAGUUACUAUUCCAAAGCCUUUGCAAUCUAUUUUACCUAUUCUUCCGAAUCAACGCGUCGAAAUACCACUUGCUAUAUCUGCGAGAGGAGAAGUGUCGAAGAUCGAUAUUGAAAUUAACUUUGCGACGACACGAACAGCGCGAUUUGGAAGGAAAUUCUCAGUUCCUAUUCGCGUGAUAGUCAGUGUAGGUCUCCUUAUCGAUAAAUGGGAGAUCAUUCCAAUAGAAGAAGUGUUACUUGUCUCAUGUGUAGUGUAUAACCCGUCCGCAUUCUCUUUCACUGUUAAAAUCAUUCCGACGACGAAUUGGAUUGUCGACGACUUCUUUGUUCAAGAGCGGAGAGAGACGUUUUCCGAGAGUCAAAGCCGAAGAAGACUUAUCGUAUGUGUGAAAAAGCCUUCAUUCAUGUUAACCACAAAGAAUGCGGCGAAAUGGAUCAACGAAGCGAUUGCGAUCAAGUGGACGUCAUCGUCUGGAUGCGAUGGAACGAUUUCUAUGGCGGAAUCUGAAAAGGUCGAAUUGAAUACAUCUAAUUAA